UGGUGAGGAUCAAGGGCCUCUGAUGUUUGUGGGAAAGCUUGAUAAAAAAUACAGGAAAUAUCAAUAAAUCAUGUACUGCAUUACAAUAAACAUUCUUCUAUUUUCUUCUGUGUCAACUCCUCUCCAUCACCUGUAUCCAUAUAUCCAUACACCCAUUUAAACUCCCCUCCGCCUUCUUAAUCUCAAAUAAUACCUCCCAUAUUUUAUCCGUCUUCCUUCCUGCAUCAUUGAUCCCCUUCUGUCUCCAUCUCUCUAUACACCUUUUCCUUCUCACUUCCACCUCCUCCCUAUCCUUUCCAUCACUCCCCACUCUCCAGCGGUCCCCUUACCCCUGGCCCACCAGCUCACCAUGAAGGAGGUGUUUGAUGCCGAGGGCCGGCCGCGGGUGGACCUGCUCAAAGCUCACCUCACCAAGGAGGGCCGACUGGAGGAGGCCGUGGCCCUGCGCAUCAUCGAUGAGGGCGCCGCCAUCCUGCGGCAGGAGCGCACUAUGUUGGACAUUGAGGCGCCAGUCACGGUGUGCGGAGAUAUCCACGGCCAGUUCUUCGACCUGAUGAAGCUGUUUGAAGUGGGGGGUUCUCCUGCCAACACUCGCUACCUCUUCCUAGGGGACUACGUGGACAGGGGCUACUUCAGUAUCGAGUGUGUGUUAUACCUGUGGUCACUGAAGAUCCUCUACCCAAAGACGCUCUUUCUUCUACGGGGAAACCAUGAAUGUAGACAUCUGACAGAAUAUUUCACCUUCAAACAAGAAUGUGAGUGACUCUUGCGUUUCCUCCUGAUAUAAUGUGCUCCUUCUCUCUUUCUCUACCGCUGUGUCUGCACCUCUUUCACCUCAUGUGCUUUUGUUGCUCUUCCCUCUUUAACCUCAUUCCAUCCUACUCCAAGUUAUACCAGUCUUUUCUGUUUAAGUUGUUAUAAAGCCAAGUAAGCUGCAGCUAGCAAUUAUUUUCACUGUCAAUUCAUCUGCAGAUUAUUUUUUAAUGAAUUGCACAUUCAAAACUAUACUAGAAAACAAGCAAAUAUUCACCUCAGAGACUUUUUGGCAUUCCUGGUUCAAUGUUUUUUAUUUCCAGUUGACUUGUUUGUUACAAACUCUGUAAAGAGAAUCUUAUAAACAUGAUAUAACGCUAGAAGUCUGAGGCUGAAGCUACAUGUCCGAGGCAAAACAGUCAUCAUCCUCACCAGCUGAAGAUCCAUGUAGAAGACAUGAAUAUAAAGAGACAAGGAUUGGUCUUGUUUUUGCAGUAUAGAGCUUGUUAGUCAAAGUAUUAUAAGAACUACAAGGCAAAAUACAAGAUCGGACAGUUAAUUCAUGCUAACAGAACCCUGUUAACGGCUUAGCUUAUGUAAUUGCACAAGCAAGACAGAGGUUGCUUCACUGUUCAUGUUUCUGAACAGUGUGUUUUCACUUCCACUGUUAUAAGAGAAAAGCUUUUAGAACGAGGACUUACAGAUGUGUUCGUAUCGUAAUGAGUUUAGCUGGGGUCGCAACCUCCCCACAUACAGCGGAGCAGGACAGAACCACUGUAGUGUUAGCCUACGCUCUUAUAUAGUACCGUCCAGGAGGACAGGCUUCCACACAAUGGGGAAAAACUGCAGAGUGAAUGUGCUAUUGUGAAUGGGGCUUGUUCCAUCGUAACAUGUAACUACACAAAAUGUAGGUAGCUAAUGAAAUGCUUGGCCUUCCUAAUGUCAUGCUAAUGUCUUAAGUAAGAGCAGACAAACGCACUGUUCGGCCCCUUUCAAAUUCAAAGCUAGGCCUGCCAUGCCUAGUUACAUUUGCUAAGCUAGGAUUGGACAAUUUGCUGCUCGGGGGAGGGGUUUAACAAACAGUCACUUGUUGCAGAUUCAUUUUCUGUCACUCAACUAAUCAAUACAUUAUGACUGUUUCAGCUAAAAAGUUUAUUUUUUCUGUCCAUCUUCCUGGGUGUUAUCCUCCCUCCUUUCACACUCCCAUCCACCCCUCUUCUACUCCUUCUCAUCCUCCUUACUUCUUAUUCCUCUCCAUCUUUUCCUCCCUUGAUCAGUCUCUCGCUCUGUCUCUCUGACUCUCCUCGCGUCCUGUCCGAGAAUGGGUGACUAGCAGCAAAUGAAUUUGGCCCUUAAUGAUUGGCUCAGGGACUUGCUCUUCUGUGUCUGAUUGGCCAAGGGACAAGGAAGCUAAUUUCCCCUGGUGCUCGUGGCGAAUAGUGGUCGCCCUCAAU